AUGCCAGCGGGACCCAAACUCACGGAAGAAGAACAGGCCAUGAUUUUGGCCCUUACCGCGGUCGGCAAAGGCCACAGAGAGAUAGAACGACUUCUAAGUCGCUCUCGAAGUGCCAUUGCACACUUCUUACGUGACCCAGCGGGCUACAAUAUCAACAAGCGUAGUGGCCGGCCACCCAAGGUCAGUGCCCAAGACCUGCGCCGGCUUCUUCGGACUGCAUCCAACUCGUUUUUAAGCUCUCGUGAGCUCGUCGACGAGUGCCAACUAGCCAUUAAGGCUAGGCGUGCCCGGCAACUACUCAACCAGGCCAAGCACCUCCAUGCCAAGGGAACGUCGACGCUUGCUAUUCUGGAGGGCAAUCAAGACAGCGGCGCAUAUGCGUACACGCUGUCCGACCAUCUGUUCCCGUACAUCGACUACCAUUUUCGCCGCGAGUGCAUUUUUCAGCACGACAAUGCCUCAAUCCAUGCGUCGAAGGAGACCAAGGAGUUUUUGAACGAGCACAAUGUGCACGUCAUGGAUUGGCCGGCAAAGUCUCCAGACUUGAAUCCCAUCGAGAAUAUUUGGGGUGUUCUUGCGCGUGCGGUUUACGCCCAUGGACGUCAAUUUGCGUCCAAAAAUGAGCUCAUUGCAGCCAUUCUCAAGGCGUGGGAUGGUAUCGGCCAAGACCUCAUCGACAAGCUGUUGAAAUCGAUGCAGAAGCGCUGCGUGAGUGUCUUGGAACUCAAGGGGAGUAAGACAAAGUAUUGA